AUGAAGUGAAACUCCGUUGCAGCAGGGGGCGAUACGUCCUUGUCUUUUUAUCUGCGCUCGCUGCAGAAAUACAGAAGUAGAGCUGCCCGCGUCCGUUUGAAGAUAGUGGUCGUUAUAUUUCGAACUGGGCGAUUUUGAUAUUCCUUUUGAAAUGGCAGGCAAAAUUAAAGUCGCGGAUGACUGUAGCUAUAAAACAUACUCUGUUUGCGAGAGUGCCGCUGAUAGCAGCAGGGUGGAGGAAGAAGGAGAAAGCGACGGUCCGGCGGUGUUUAUGUGCGGCAAAUGCAAGCUUCCCAUCGGCGACAGUCUGUCGUGGGCAGGCAGUGACGACGAGCACAACCAAAUCAUGCUCAAACGGAUCUCUGACAAUGUCCUCAUAGGCAAAGAGCCAUUUGUUUCUGGUACCAGAAAGGAGCUUGGAUGUCUUGUUGUGAAUCUCACCUGCCAUGGCUGUUGCUCCGAAUUAGGAAUCAUGUACAUAUCAACCCCGAAAAAGCUUGAUUACAAGAGGUCUCUUUUCUGCUUUAAUGUUGAAAAAAUUGAAAGUUAUGUAAUUGGCAGUACAGGUCAGCGGGUGCCUGAGUUAGACGGAGAAGACAAACCAGUGACCCUGGAGUACCAGAACACCGUGGAACAGCAGAUGACAGAGUUCCUGUCUAAUGUGCCUAGCAACACUCUCCACCAGGAGGCGGGAAAAGACUCGUAGAGACCCUGAAGGCGCGCACCCCCAACCCUCGAUGCUGGGGUAGCAUAACAACAGCGGCUGAUAGAAUCCGCGCGCCUCGGACCAACCAGAGAGCUGUAUCUAAGGGGCAUGCUGCCAUGGAAACAAAGCGCACAUGCUGUCGCUAGAGCCUGUUGCCAUCGUAUCCUUCGUUUCCUUAUUUGCCGGCCAGCCAGUCAGCCAACCAGCUUGCGAGGGGGAAGGGGUCUGUCGGUCUGAUGACGUUGCGCUUCAGUCGUUCGCAGGGGCGUGGUCUCCAUCUCGAGCCAGCAGAGAGUUCUUCAUUCUUGCGCCUUUGAACUCCUCCUACGUUCUGCCUGUAAACCGAGUAGAGUUAAAAAUAGGGACAUGGGGUAAAACAUGCAUAAAGCCUGUGCUAUUAUUGCAUCAUGUUUACUGUUUGUGUCCAGUAGAGGGAAACAUCACUCUACAUGUGGCAAAAUAGCCAAUCAUAUUUAGUUGUGAUAUAGUUGGUGAGUGUUUGUCUCCAGAAAGGAGAGUUUAUACCAGGAUAUACCAGAUAUUUGUAUCAGAGUUUACACCAAUGGACUACAAUUUUCUAUUAAUUUUAAGGGUUACACUGACUAACUGAAUAGUCCAGUAGUCCAGGUCUAGGGGAAACAUGUCUCCCUAGGGUGUUUUCACAACUAGUUUGUUUGAGCUCUCUUAAUGCUUGGUUCAGCUCCUAUAUGCAAAAUAUAUCAGACCCCUCUAAAAGGAUCCGAAUGCGGAGAGGUUUGUGGCUAAAUUUCUUUGUUAUUUGUAUAUAAAAAAGUGACAAAGAGGUCCCAUGCUUUGUGUGGACCAUCAUAACAGUAAUAUAUAUUUAUAUCAAAGUUUUCCUAAGACAAGACCAAAUUUUGGUUAGAAAUUUUACGACAAUUUUAAUGAAAGGUUUUGUUGGUAUUUAUGUAAUCUUUGGCUAGCUGUGCAUUAAAUGAUUUUAAAGCAUUAAAGAGGCAAAUAACCACCUGACACGUAGCUUUAGAUGUAGCAUUCUGUCCUCUUUAAAACCAGAACAUCAAUUUUACCUGUAUUUCUGAGAAAAAUAAUAUAGUGAAUCAAUAUCAAAGCUUUUAUAUUAAU